GUGCCACGACAGAGGCGUCCACGUAGGCCAGAGAAGAGGGCAGUGUGUGUUUAUUUGGUCGCGACCACGACUGACGAUGCAAAGGCAGCGGCGGUGCCAAUCGGGCCGGCGCACGUGAGGCGUGGACUGGCGAGUUUCGAAAUGGCUGGGGGAACCUGGGCGAGACAACGCAGCGAUGCAGACGACGAUGGAGGAUGAUUGAGGAGAAUGGCGCGUGGGAGGAGUGCCAGUCUGGCGUGGGCACGAAGGGGGCUGCAGUCGAGAGGUGCAGGAAAAAAAAGAGAGGGUGCGAGUGGAUGGCACAAGGUGGGAGAGAACCUUGGAAGAAGAGAUGGAGGAACCGGGCGCUGAUAUGUGACAUUUCCAAGGUUGAGGGCAGGGCAGGCAAGCACAGGGCAGGCCAGACGCAAAAAGAGGGAAGCAGCUCCACACCUCCACACACAAAAAUCACAAAUGCUGGGGCACUGCUGGAAGGCACGACGGAGAAGUUGACAAGAAGGAAAGAGGCCCCUCCCUUGUUCGCAGUCAGGGCCUUCCCAGCAUCGUCACACAUGAUUAUUCACAUUUCAGUAUUAUCCACACACACCUUUUUGCGCCGCCAUCAUCCCGAGGUCCAUGUUAUGGCCCACAAGCCAAGCAGAGGAAAACUGCUUGCUGCUGCUGUCCCUGGUGUCCCAACUUCGGUGCUCUCUCGCUUUCGCUCUUCGUAGCUUCGUAGGGCUCACAUCCUCAGCGCCGGUUCCGCGCCGCCGCCGUCACCACCUGCAGGCGCGGGCGCGGCGCGGCGAACCGUCGCCGCUGCCCAAAUCUUCAUC